UAAGAAAACGAAUUGAUUCGGCUGCCGAAUUGAAAUAGGUCCCUCCUUCUUCAUAUAGAAAAUUUUUCCAGAUUCGUCGCUUGAUAUUCUCCCCUGUUGCUAGUUUGUAUUUCGCGCUGUUUCUUUCUUUCUCUGAAAGUUUCAUACAAUUCGAACCAGCAGCUCCAUGAAGUCGACUGUCAAAUCGUCGGAGCCUGUUAAUCUCAUCGACCUCAGCACUAGCAGUAGCGAUAGUUUCUCCGAUUCCGACGUUUCUUCUUCGGCAACUUCAGGAGAAGAUUUAUUAACCAAUAAACGCUCUAGGGUUUCCACCGGGGACCAAGGAGGAGGAACAACCUCUAAGAAGAAAACCAAAACUAAAAAGAAAAAGAAGGAUUUUCAUUCUGUCUUACCGGCUGAUUUUCUUCAACCUCUUCCUAAAAAGAAUUCCUCUCUUCCUCUGGGUAUCCCGGGGAACGCAAAUGCUGAGGCUAGUUCGUCUUCUCAGAUCCAGGGUUGUAAGCAGUUUUGGAAGGCUGGGGAUUAUGCAGGAACGAAAUCUGCCGAUUUGGAUUUCAAUUCUGGUGGAAUGGACCAUGUUCGAGUUCACCCCAAAUUCUUACAUUCAAAUGCAACCAGUCAUAAAUGGGUUCUGGGUGCAUUUGCAGAACUCCUGGACAAUUCACUGGACGAGGUCUCAAGUGGAGCUACAUUUGUGAAAGUAGACAUGGUCAUCAAUAGGAAAGACAGUAGCAGAAUGUUAUUAAUUGAAGAUAAUGGUGGUGGCAUGGAUCCAGACAAAGUGAGGCAAUGCAUGUCUUUGGGAUAUUCACAUAAAAGCAAGAAUGCAGAUACUAUUGGUCAAUAUGGUAAUGGUUUCAAGACAAGUACUAUGAGGCUCGGAGCUGAUGUUAUUGUAUUUUCACGCUGCGGUGGUCAAGAGGGCAAGAUGCCUACUCAAAGCAUUGGCCUGUUAUCUUACACAUUCUUGACAAGCACCGGAAAGGAAGAUAUUGUAGUUCCUUUGGUCGACUACCAGAAAGGAGUAAAGGGGUGGGACAGGAUGACGAGGUCUUCCACUGCUGACUGGCAUAAAAACUUGGAAACUAUAAUCCGGUGGUCUCCUUUUGCAAGUGAAGAAGAUCUCCUUCGUCAGUUUUCUCGAAUGAAAGAUCAAGGUACAUGCAUUAUAAUAUAUAAUCUAUGGGAGGAUGACCAAGGGACGUUAGAGCUUGAUUUUGAUGCUGAUCCACAUGAUAUACAAAUCAGAGGGGUAAAUAGAGAAGAGAAGAAUAUACAGAUGGGGAAACAGUUUCCAAAUUCCAAGCAUUUCUUGACAUAUCGGCAUUCAUUCAGGAGCUACGCAUCAAUUCUCUAUCUCAGAGUUCCACCUGCUUUCCGCAUUAUUCUUCGUGGUCGAGAUGUUGAACACCACAACAUCGUGAAUGACUUGAUGAUGACCCAGGAGGUUACUUACCGUCCAAAUCCCGGUACUGAUGGAGUGCAAAAGGAUUCCAAUGUAAUGAUAGUUGCUAGACUUAAUAUUAUAUUAAGUGCUUUUAGGGAUUUGCAUUUUCUAAUACAUAUUUUAUUUACACAUGGUAAUCAGAUGGUUGCUGUUGUGACUAUUGGGUUUGUGAAGGAUGCAAAGUCUCAUAUUGAUGUCCAAGGCUUCAAUGUCUAUCACAAAAAUCGGCUCAUUAAGCCAUUUUGGAGAUUGUGGAAUCCUGCUGGAAGUGGUGGUCGUGGAGUUAUAGGAGUAUUAGAAGCCAAUUUUGUUGAGCCGGCUCAUGAUAAGCAAGGAUUUGAAAGAACAACUGUGCUCUCAAGGCUUGAGUCUAGACUAAUACAGAUGCAAAAAACCUAUUGGACAAAAAACUCUCAUAAGAUAGGUUAUGUCUCCCGCAACAAAGAUGAAGGAGAUGGUAGAGAAAGCUCACCUGAAUACAAUCCUGGAUCGACACCUCGUCCUAAACAGGUAAGCAAAAAAUCUGAAGUACAUGGUAAAAUAAGUGCCAAGGAUAAAGGGAAAGCACAUAUGCUCAAUAAAGGAGACGAUAGUGUACAGAACCAGCGCCAGCACCAAAGAUCUAGGAAUGAUUUGACCUUGUUGCCUCCACCAUCACCAUUGUCUUCUCGACGUGAAGGGGGUAGUGAUGACAUCAUACCUGCGAAUGAUUAUGCACUAAUCCUCCGGUUGCCUGAUGUCGAAGACAUCUUGCCUGUUGCUGCCAGGCCUUUGGGAAGUGACAACUCUCCUACAGUUAGGUCAACAACUUCAAGCUUUGGAAACAGAGGAACUGAUCAAGAUUGUGAAUCGAAUGCCAUACCUACUUCAGUCAUCGAUCUUAAACAGGGUUUUUCAAAUGGAAAUGGCGAGUUAGAACGGUUGAGAGAAGAGAAUCGGCAAUUGAAAGAAAGAUUAAAAAGAAAGAAAGAUGAAAUCAUUGGUGAUUAUGUGCGGGAUUUGCAGCUUGAGAAGAACAAAAGUAAAGAUUUAGAAGCAAAGCUUGAGGAGUCAAACAAGAAGAUUCUGGAGAUGAACAAGGAGCAGCAAUCAUUAAUUGAGAUUUUCUCAGAAGAGAGAGAGCAACGUGAUACAGAAGAGGAGAAAUUGAGAGAGAAGUUAAAGGAUCUGCAGGACAAGCUUACAAGGUUGGAAGAACAACAACGAGUAAUCAAACGUGGGGAACCGAGUAAAAAGAGAAGAAAGUAGUAGCAGUUUAUGAAGAUGUUUUAUUGUUUGAGAGAUGCAGUUAUAUAGUAGGAAUCCACGAUGCGUACUACAUUUUCUCGAAAAUCUUUGAUAAAUUUAACAUCUCCCUUCUCAAAAAUCUUUGAUAAAUUUAACAUCUCCCUAUGUAGGAUUCAAACCUACAUAUUUUGUGAUGAGAUGUUUACUACAUUAUAUAAAACUGUUUUACAGAUUUAACAUCUCCCCAGGUAGGAUUUGAACCUACAUAUUUUGAGAUUUAACAAUUCCCCAAGUAGGAUUGUUAUCUGCAUGUUUUGCAGGGUGAUGCUUGUUAGAACUUUUAACAGAUUUAACAUUUCCCUAAGUUGGAUCGGAAUUUUGGAACCUACAUGCUUUCCAUAUUACAUUCUUUGGAAUCCUUAA